AUGACUGGCAAGGAGCGCGCGUCGCCCAUCUUCCGGCCCUGGGCCCAGCAGCCGAGCGCCGAGCCCAGGAUCGUACAGCCAGAGCCAGUGUACCUGCUGCCCGCGGCAAUGCAGCCAGCAUUCCCGAUGACCGCGUGGGACGUUGCCGCUGCAGCCGCCGCUGCGCACCAUCACGCAUCUUCGCCCGCGUUCCUCCAGCAAGAGCUGGCUGCCCGAUGGAAGGCGAAGAAGCAAAGACCUAAGCGCUUCCAGUGCCCUCACUGCAAGGUGUCUUUCUCCAACAAUGGACAAUUGAAAGGUCACGUCAGGAUCCACACGGGGGAGCGGCCGUUUGCCUGCGAGCACGACGGAUGCGGCAAGACCUUCACGAGAAACGAAGAGCUGACGCGACACAAGCGCAUCCACACGGGACUGCGACCCUUCCCGUGCCCGCUGUGUCAGAAGCCGUUCGGCCGCAAGGACCACCUCAAGAAGCACGUCAAGACGCACGAGAGAGCCUUGCUUCCUGGCCUUCCCUACUUCUUCGGCGUUCUAAAGGAAAUUGACACGAUUCCGGACGUUAUGGUGAGCUCGUGUGUCGCCUUCGGCUGCACUAAUCGUGCGAAGCAGAAGCCAGGAAUCACUUUUCACGUGUUUCCGAAAGACAAGACGCUGCGUGACGCAUGGCAGCGUGCUGUUCGGAGGGAUGGCUGGGAGCCUAAGAAUGCGGACGUUCUCUGCUCGGAGCACUUUGAAGCCAACUGCUUUGACAGGACGGGCCAAACGACCAGACUGCGACCAGAGAGCAUUCCUACCAUUUUUCCUGCGUUCCCUGCGCAUCUCCAGAAACCAGCGAAAAGAAAGCGAGAGGCCCCUAAGUGUCGGACUGCGCUGUCACCUGUCGUCAGUGCUGAGGCAGCGGUUGAAAUGCCAACUAAAGAAGAAAGUUAA